AUGACACCUGCGGCCCCGCUCCCCCUGCUGCUGCUCUGCCUGCUGAGCGGCCGCCGGCUGCGCGGGGAGCCCGGACAAGGCGCGGGCACCUGGGCUCGCUUCGCCCGCCUGCCCUACCCGGAGGACGAGCUCUUCCUCUACGACACCUUCCCCGCGGGCUUCCUGUGGGGGGCGGGCAGCGCCGCGUACCAGGCCGAGGGGGGCUGGCGCCAGGACGGCAAAGGCGCCUCGGUGUGGGACACCUUCGCGCACCGGGCGGCGCCGGCCGGCGGGGACGUGGCCAGCGACAGCUACAACAACCUGUUCCGCGACACGGAGGGGCUGCGGCGCCUGGGUGUCUCCCACUACCGCUUCUCGCUCUCCUGGGCGCGCCUGCUGCCCAACGGCACCGCGCCCCCCAGCCCGGCCGGCCUGGCGCACUACGGCCGCCUGCUGGCCCGCCUGCGGCAGCUGGGCGUGGAGCCCGUGGUGACCCUCUACCACUGGGACCUGCCGCAGCGCCUGCAGGACGCCUACGGGGGCUGGGCCAGCCCGGCGCUGGCCGAGCUGUUCCGGGACUACGCCGAGCUCUGCUUCAGGCACUUCGGCGGCCAGGUCCGCUACUGGCUCACCAUGGACAACCCCUACGUGGUGGCCUGGCACGGCUACGCCACCGGCAGGCUGCCCCCGGGCGUCAAGGGCGGCCCGCCGCUGGGCUACAGGGCGGCGCACAACCUCCUCCAGGCCCAUGCCAAAGUCUGGCAUCUCUACAAUGAUCGUUUUCGUCCAUCUCAAGGAGGCCAAGUGUCCAUUGCCCUCAGCUCCCACUGGAUAGAACCUCAAACUAUGACUGAACAAGACAUACAAGAAUGUCAAAAAUCCCUUGACUUUGUGCUGGGCUGGUUUGCGAAACCCAUAUUUAUUGAUGGGAACUACCCUGAGAGCAUGAAGAGUAACCUCUCAUCUCUGCUGCCUGAAUUCAGUGAUGCAGAGAAGAAGUACAUCAAGGGAACAGCUGACUUUUUUGCUCUUUCUUUUGGAGCAACUCUGAGUUUCCAGCUCUUGGACUCUCAGAUGAAAUUCCAUCAGUUGGAAUCACUAAGCCUGAGGCAGCUCCUUUAUUGGAUAAGCUGUGAAUAUAACAAGCCCAAAAUAUUCAUUGUGGAGAACAGCUGGUUUGUCUCUGGUAGCACCAAGCGUGAUGAUGCCAAGUAUAUUUAUUAUCUCAAGAAGUUCAUUAUGGAAACUUUAAAAGCCAUCAGAUAUGAUGAAGUUGAUGUCUUUGGGUACACCGUUUGGUCCCUCAUGGAUGGCUUUGAAUGGCAUAGAGGAUACAGCAUUAGACGUGGAUUAUUUUAUGUUGAUUUUCAAAGCCAUGACAAGAAGUUUUUGCCGAAGUCUUCAGCUUUGUUCUACCAAAAGCUAAUAGAGAGAAAUGGUUUCCCGCCUUUGCCUGAGAAUCAACCCAUAGAUGGGAAGUUUCCCUGCGACUUUGCUUGGGGAAUUGUUGAUAACUACAUUCAGGUAGACACAACCCCCACCCAAUUCCUUGACACUAAUGUAUACAUGUGGGAUGUUCACCAUACAAAGAAGCUUAUUAAAGUUGAAGGAGUUGCUACCCCAAAACGUAAGCAUCACUGUGUUGACUUUGCUGCCAUCAGGCUCCAGAUCUCGCUGCUGCAGGAAAUUCAUGUCACACAUUUUCAUUUUUCACUUAAAUGGUCUUUGAUUCUCCCUUUGGGUAACCUGUCUCAAAUCAACCACGCAUUCCUGCACUAUUAUCAGUGUUUUGUUAGUGAACUUCUCAGAGUUAAUAUAACUCCUGUUGUAGCUUUAUGGCAACCUAUGGCUGAGAACCAAGGGCUUCCUGUUGUGUUAGCCAAAUAUGGAGCCUGGGAGAACCCAGAGACAGUUCAAGCCUUUGUUGAGUAUGCCAAGCUCUGCUUCAAAAGUCUUGGCCACCAUGUCAAAUUUUGGAUUACAAUGAAUGAACCCUAUGUGGGGAACCUGACAUACUCUGCAGGACAUAAUCUGUUGAAAGCCCAUGCUAAAGCCUGGCACCUGUAUGACAAAGAAUUUAGAAGAUCUCAGAAAGGUAAAAUAUCUAUAGCUCUGCAAGCUGAUUGGGUAGAGCCAGCCUGUCCUUUUUCCAAAAAUGACCAAGAAGUUGCUGAUAGAGUUCUACAAUUUGACAUUGGCUGGCUUGCUGAGCCCAUCUUUGGGAAUGGUGACUAUCCACAGGUGAUGAGAGAAUGGCUUCACCAAAGAAACAGCAUUGAUUUAUACAAUUUCCACUUGCCUUAUUUCUCUGAAGAAGAAAAGAAAUUAAUCCAAGGCUCAUUUGAUUUUUUAGCCUUAAGUCAUUACACUACUGUUCUUGUGGACUGGGAAAAAGAAGAUGCACUGAGGUAUGAUCACGAUCUUCAAGUUCAAAUGAUAACAGACAUCACAUGGCUAAACUCUCCAAGCAGAGCUGCAGUGGUGCCCUGGGGACUGCGCAAAAUGCUCAAGUGGGUUAAAUCAAAGUAUGGGGAUGUCCCAAUUUAUAUUACAGCCAAUGGAAUUGAUGAUGAUCAGAAUAUGGUUCAAGAUAAACUGAGAGUAUAUUACAUACAAAAUUAUAUCAAUGAAGCUUUAAAAGCAUACACCUUGGAUAAUGUCAACCUACGGGGAUAUUUUGUCUAUUCUUUUAAUGACAGGACUGCUCCCAAAUACGGCCUCUAUCGUUACAUUGCUAAUCAGUAUGAGCCGAAGCCUUCCAUGAAACAUUACAGAGAAAUAAUUGACAAUAAUGGUUUUCCCAGUUCAGAAACUCCUGAUAGACUGUGCCCAGAAAUGCUUGUCUUGUGCCCUGAAUGCAACCUUUUCCAAACCAGAAAAUCUUUAUUAGCUUUUAUAUCUUUUAUAUUCUUUGCUUUUAUUGUUACUGUAUUCUUCAUUAUUUACUACUCUAGGAGGGUUGAAAGAAGGUGUAAAUAGUGCUGC